UUCCUUACUUAUUUAUCCACAAUUUUAAGCUUCCCGGAACUCAAAUGGCCAUCACUCUCCUCAACUGAAAUUUCUCCACUUUUCGCAUCGCACAAUCGAAAACCCAACCAGACCAAACCCUCCCCACCUUUCCCCCUCAUACAGGCUUCCCAGAAACGCCAUUCUUUGAUUCGGUUCCCAAUCAAUUUUGUCCGUCUGUAAUUGCUGCGAGAGAUUAAAUGGGUACUGAAGGGUCAUCUGCGGUCGUGGUGCCAAGAAAUUUCCGAUUGUUGGAAGAGCUCGAGAGGGGAGAAAAAGGAAUCGGGGAUGGCACUGUGAGCUAUGGCAUGGACGAUGCUGAGGAUGUGUACAUGCAAUCGUGGACAGGAACCAUCAUCGGACCCCCUAAUACUGUACACGAAGGGCGCAUCUACCAGUUAAAAUUGUUCUGCGGGAAGGAGUACCCGGAUGAUCCCCCAACCGUAAAGUUCCAGUCUCGGAUAAACAUGAGCUGCGUCAAUCAGGAAACUGGCAUGGUCGAGCCCGGCCUUUUCCCCAUGCUCGCCGAUUGGCAAAGGGAAUAUACGAUGGAGGAUAUACUUAUGCAGUUGAAGAAAGAAAUGAUGUCUCCCCAAAACCGUAAAUUGGCUCAACCUCCCGACGGCAACGAGGAUGGUCGAGUGGACCAAAAGGGGAUAACGUUGAGAUGCUGCAUCCUGUGAUCGAUGGAUCGAUUGAGUGACGGUAAAAUUACUUGCUUGCAUAGUAAUUAUAAAGUGUAAAAUUUGGUUAAUCUCUGGUUGUCUUGUAGGAUUAGGAGUGUUUUUAUUGGUAUAGUAUAUAGUAUGUUUGAUCUGA